GAAGUAUUCAGUGGCCCACAGAGUAAUAGCAGUUUUGGAGAUCAAAGCAAUGGAUGGCGCCGUUGGACCCGCCUGUGCCAACUGUUUGGAGCUGAGUUGCAACAUUCCAGCGACAGCCUUGGAUCAGAUCUGAUCGAAUUUUAGUGCUCAAUAACCGAGGGACAUAGUUAAUAUUCAGAAAUUAUACAGCUGGAGGAAAUGGUCCCACCAUUUGUGCUAAGCGCAUUGAAAAAUUCAAAUCUGCUGGAUUUGUUCACUCUGGAUAGUCGUAGUGUGAGCUUGAUGCCAAAGUCGAGGGAGACUGCACCUCGAGCUAUAGGAUUUGACGGCUUCUUGAAGGGGAAGACACUAUGAUAGAUGGGAUGACCAUGGCAUCAUGGCCAUUGAUUCAGCAUUAUUCAGUGCCCAGUGUUCUCGUAGGGCCCGUGUCAAGAAAGCAGCUCGUGCUCUUGGAGCCGAGUGUGUGGCGUAUAACCGUAUAAUUGGCAGUGUGCAUCUGGAAGAUUUGUACCCAGCAUUCCAAGUUUCGGAGCUGUGGAUGACCCAUCUAAGCUGCGUGAGGGUCUGUAGGGUGGACCGGUUUGUGGAAGUGGCCAGGGAACCGAAAAAAAAUCUGACAAAGAACUGUCACAAUGUGAGCUAUUCCAAGAGGUGGCUAAAGAUCAACUGAAAUAAUGCGCUUUGUGGGACUUUCAUUCACCUUUUUUGAUUUUCGGCGCUUCGCCCAAAAAUGAGAAAUUAAACCAGAAUCGACAUUAGUUCUAUCAUUUAAGUGGCAGCGUGUGACGCACGCUUGGAGACCAACCUCCCAAGCUUGGCGAUAUUCUUCUGGUCCACAGUAGGCGUGAUAGUGGAUUCUGUACGCACCUCCAAGACGGUUCUUUUCAGUUCCCUUUCCAGACCCUUCUUAAGAGGUUUGCAAGCUUGAUGGACAUUGGCUAAAAGGGCGAUUCUUAUCUAUGGCUCCGCCUCCUGCAUCCACGCAUUGCUGUUUUGAUAUUUCACGCCGCGCAUUGGCAAACUGCGAUAACAAAAAUAUAAUGACCUAACAUGACCUAUUAUUUGAGAUUUAUGUUGAACAACGCAUGCCAAAAAACCUUCAUCAUGAAACCAUUGAGUAGACAGCUACUUGGGCUUCAUGGUCCCUAUCUGGAAGAGACGUGCUUUAGAUACGGGCUUUCAACGCGCGAAGGAACAUCUCCACUUAACCCAUCUAGAGUCUGUAUUUGAAAACGGGUUGCAGCACAGGUGUUUUGGCAAGGACACAUGAAAAUGAACUGGCUGGCCGCGAUCCCAUUGCAAAUACCGAUGGCGAGCAGCCAGGUUUACCGAGGCAGAGCAGGACUUUAUUAUGUUGAUUGUAUAUUUGCCGGAGCAUUGUCGGUGGCAAGACCUCGACCCAGCAGAUUUGGAAGAGCUAUGUCAGGUUCGCUAUGGUAGGCAUGACACAAGUGCAGUUCUGCAGACCUGUUCGCAUUGGGAAGUUACAUGCACAAACGUGACAAAGUGACAGGUGCUGGGCGCUGAACCAUCUUGUCCCUUUGGGGCACAAGACCCGGCAGCGGUUCGCGUUUGGUGCGGGUCUGCCAAGAGCGCAGAUGCCGCCAAGGAGGUGGUACUUGUCUGGCAGCAAUGGCGUGCAUUUGUCUAUCUGCAGUCACACUAGGGACGGCGAUAGUGCGCUUGACGAAGCACGCUUGGGCUCGAGCAUUUGCUAUAGCAUUCUCGGUGUGCAUCAGGGACAUGGCCUGGUGCCCCGCUGCUGGCGGUUUUUGUGUUGCCAUUGGCGUUGCUGCCGCGGAAUUGCCUGCUUUGCGACAAGACCUUCAGCAAGCGCAAAGCUUAGCCAUCGUCGUGAACAAACCAUCUCAGGGUGGCGGUGGUGGCUAUGCCAAGGCAUUGGCCCUUUCGAAUCUGAUAGGCUCUGAAAACGAGUGUCUAUACAGACUGCGCUCAAGCCAGCUUCGCGCUUGCGGGAGCUCGGCAAGCGACUACUCGCAGGCCAAAAUUAAAGAGGGCAACGUUUUCCCUGAAGCGGAUGAGGAGGGUCUGGAUGUACCUGGCAGUUGGCCAUGUUGAGCUCAUGCUUGCCAUCGCUUGCCUUUACCUUGAUUGAACCAUGCUGAACAAGUUAGGUCCGAAUUCGCCUCAUUUGGUGCUUAUCUUGGGCUCUGUUGGGCCAAGAUGGGACCCUCUGUUGGGCGAAGAUAGGGCCUAUGUUCAGCAACUUGCUGGAUUUUAGGCCGCUGUCAAAACGUGGAAAAACCAUGAUUCUAGGGUCUAGAGCAAAAACGCCCCCUAGUGCUAAAGCUAAUAGCUAAAGCACGCCUUAAAAAACUCGAGCGCCCAUUGCCAUGGGAUUUGGUGAAGGUAUCCAGGCGAUGUCGAAUCCUUGGCCACUUGGGACAGGUACACGGUACAAUCGUAAAAAAUGGGGUUCAAGAUGUUCUUCAUGAGUUUUGCAUGUUUUUGCAAUGUUUUGUCGGGUCGUCCAAGGUCGUGAAAUAUCCAGAGGCGCGACAGAUGAGCUGCAGCGCAGCGUGGACCGCGGUUGCGCGAACUUCGCAUCUGUUGUCGCCAAACGAGGACGAGAGACGAAGGAAACUCACAGGAACGAUCUGAUUCGUUUUCGUUCCUCGAAAAUGCAGGCGAUGACGCAAAUCGAGAAG